AUGCACAGAGCUUCUGAGUUGCGGCGUCGAACGAUUCGAACAAGCGCAGCAUGGCUGGGGUUCGUGCUAACGCUGUUUUUCCUCGGGGCCCUGAUCGGCAGCAUAGGCGCUUACCGCAUAAAGCGCGUGUGCGCGCUGAAACGCGUACAGCGACGAGCUUUGACCUGGGAUACGAUCCGCGGACAGAGUGCUUCUACUCAUGCUCAACACAUGCACGUGCGAACGUUGUUUCAAUUACGGAACAGCAGUUAUCGUGUCCCGAUCAGCAAGUCGCGGCCGCUUGCACUAGAACCCAACGGGAACGCCGCCCUCCAUGCCCAGAUCUCGCCAAUAGAACUGCCUCUCUAUGGCUCACUCGUACACAUCGGUAUGUAUGCAACAACAAUCGAAAUUGAUGGAUCCCCGUACACCCUUUCAGUGGAUACCGGCUCGUCCUCGUUAGCAGUUAUCACGAGCGUGUGCGAUGCUUGCCCGGCGGGCAAGCGGCGGCUGCAAGUCGACGAGGAUCGCACGCUGCACUGCGGAAGCCGCACAGCGCCGCUGGGCGAUCCGCCCGAGACCUUUUCCUGUGAACCUGAUCAGCAUGGUAUCUGUGACGGACGUGGACAUUGCAUCUAUCAGAUCCGUUACGGGGACGGUACUGCUUUCAACGGCCGCUAUGUUGCGGGAAUGGUCGGUGCAGCGGGCCGUGCGGCGCCCAUGGUAUUCGGUGGUAUCGAGUCAGCGCAGGGACGCAGUCCCGAUGUAUUCGGCAGCGGCAUUGAAGGGAUGCUCGGCCUGGCGUAUCCGGGGCUGUCAUGCAACCCGCUGUGCACGCUACCGUUUUUCGAAACGCUCUUGCAGCACCGACUCGUCCCUGAAGAUGUGUUCAGUCUCUGUGUGAGCGACGAGCAAGGGCGUCUUGUACUUGGCGCUAUGGAUUCUCGUAUGGAUCCGAUGGAGAUCCGGUGGACGCCAAUUGUGCACCAUCUUUUUUAUGAUAUAGAGCUAGAGCAUGUGUAUAUCGAUGGACACGAUGCGGGCAUUGCCAAUCGGCACAGCGCAUUCGUGGACUCGGGCACGACGCUCAUCGCCCUUUCAACAGGAGCGUUUGCGGCGUUCCGAGACUACCUUCGUGCGCACUACUGCCAUAUUCCGUAUGUGUGUCCGGAUAAUGCCCAAGAACCGAGUAUACUGGAUCACGCUGCGUGCGCAUCGUAUUCUCCAGAGGAAGUCCGACAGUUUCCCAACCUAACAUUCACGCUAGCUGGCGCUGGGAACUUGACGCUGACUCCGCUACAGUAUUUCGUUCGGGUAGAUAAUCCACCAGAACCAACAUUUUACUGCAUGGGGAUCGCGGAGGAGCCGUCCCUCGGGCCCAGCUAUGGUGUCGAAGCGAUAUUAGGUCUCGUGUGGCUGCGCAACUUUUUCACUGUGUAUGAUCGAGCACACAAACGGAUAGGGUUUCAGUCGGCUCGCGGAUGCAUCCCUUUCACGACCACACACCCGACGGGCUCCGGGUCAACAAGCGAUCAAGACGAACCUCGAUCAUCCGCGCCAAGCGGACACCGCAGCGAAACGACGCUCUUCGGCAGUAUAGGCAUCUUUAUACGGAAGCACGCAAAUGUCCUUUUGUUCAUUAUGGUUCCACUCCUGGUCACAAGUGUUGCGCUCUGGUUCGGGCUCUGGUACUACCGCAAGCGACGCCGAUUGCUGCAAUCGACGGGAGACACAGAAGCAAACCAGGCGAUGGUAGCGCUUCGCAUUGAACAGGAUGCUAAUGGCUGA